AUGGUCUUCAUCAGUGACUCUCAGUCCCUGUUAUGCCUCCUCCUGGAGCCCUCAGCUGAGAAAUACAGGGACCCCUGUCUUCAGGAGGAGGGAGGGUCACGUGAGAUAAUGAGCACCAUUUGGAUCCAUGAAGAGGACACCUGGAAGGAGGCUCACAGGAGCGCCAAAUUCAAAUUUGAGGAAGACAAAGUCGACUCUGCUCUGAUUGUAGACAGUGAAAUCUCUCAGGAAGAAUGGGAGGAUGCUCUAAACAUUCUUCCAGGAAAUCAAAAUGAUCAUGAGAAAAAGGAAGGGAAAGCACCAGUGCCCCCCAGGCUGAGCCAGGAGCUACUGGAGGCAAAGGAGCAGGAAGCCCCAGAAGACUCCCUGGAUGAAAUUUAUUGGACUCUUUCAGUUCAGGGUGACCUGUCUGAUUACCACCAGCCUUAUAGCAGUGCCUCGUCCUCACUGGAGAAUCAGCUUAUGUGCCCUGCUGUGGAUGUAGCCUACAUCCAGUGGGAGGAACUUCCUCUUUUCCUGUCCCAAGUGACUCCUCGGUCACCUGGUUUCUUCUCACAAGAACAGGCUGUGGGCAUGAAAACAGGAAAGAGGUCAGGACUCAUAGCAGAGCGAAACCGUCUCAAAAAAAAAAGAAGGCUAGUGCGAAUCUGGGAAGAACGAGUAAGCUUAACUAAGCUAAGAGAAAAGGUCAUCAGGGAAGAUGGAAGAGUCAUUUUGAAGAUAGAAAAAGAGGAAUGGAAGACCCUUCCUUCUUCUCUGCUGAAACUAAACCAACUGCAGGAAUGGCAACUUCAUAGAACUGGUUUGCUGAAAAUUCCUGAAUUCAUUGGAAGAUUCCAGAACCUCAUUGUGUUAGACUUAUCUUGAAACACAAUUUCAGAGAUACCUCCAGGGAUUGGAAUGCUUACUAGACUUCAGGAACUGAUUCUCAGCUACAGCAAAAUCAAGACUGUCCCCAAGGAGCUAAGUAAUUGUGCCAGCUUGGAGAAACUAGAACUGGCUGUUAACAGAGAUAUAUGUGAUCUUCCACAAGAGCUCAGCAAUCUGCUAAAACUUACUCACCUUGAUCUGAGUAUGAACCAUUUUACUACAAUCCCUCUUGCUGUGUUGAACAUGCCUGCCCUUGAGUGGCUGGACAUGGGAAGCAACAAACUUGAACAACUUCCUGAUACUAUAGAAAUAAUGCAAAAUCUACAUACGUUAUGGCUGCAACGAAAUGAUAUAACAUGCUUGCCUGAAACAAUCAGCAAUAUGAAAAAUCUGGGUACUCUUGUUCUCAGCAACAAUAAACUGCAAGAUAUUCCAGUAUGCAUGGAAGAAAUGGCAAGUCUGAGGUUUGUCAACUUCAGAGACAACCCACUGAAAUUGGAAGUAUCACUUCCUCCCAAUGAAGGCACAGAUGAAGAGGAGGAACGGGAAUUAUUUGGUCUUCAGUUUAUGCACACAUACAUACAGGAGUCACGGAGAAGAGCAGAUCACCAAGUCAUCUGUUCAACUACUUUACCAAUAUCCAUGAAUACGGAUGGGUAAUAUAAUUCAAGAUGCCCUUCUAAAGAGGAUUACUUUGGUGAAUUCUCUAAUGUUUGGACUUCUGAAGUAAAAAGAAAAGCUAUUACCAAAGUUUAAUGAGGCCACAGCAUUUUUUAAAGUUCAUAUUAUCUGCUAUUUAAAGUAUAUAUUUUUGAAUAUAAAAAUAUAAUUUAAAACUUUUUUUGGUGGAAGACGAAUGAUGCUCAAAUUUCUUUUCCAUUAGGCAGUUGUUUCUGGUGAUGAAGAAUGAUCUGGUAAAGCAGUUAACAAAACAUUUUCCAAAGACACCAGAGGGUCUGUAUAGUACUGCAAAGCAGGACUGAAUCCCUUCUGCUGCAAAUACUGGAUUCGACCUUGGUCAAUCAGCAAUUUACAAAGAUGCCCUGUUUUCUUCUUUUCUUCAAUACUAAGAAGCCUAAAUUGAAUAAACACACACAAAACAUUGUUA